AUGGUACCUCAACACCUCAGACCAGAAUUUAAACUAAAGACUUGCUUGUACUAUUCGAACUGGUCGAUAUACUCCAAGAAGUUUACCCCAGAUAAGCUUCCUUUCCAUUUGAUCACAAAUCUAUUCUAUUCUUUCAUGGACAUUGAUCCACACACUGGGGCAGUGAUCCUUUCAGACAAGUGGGCAGAUAUUGAAGUUCCAUUCAACAAUGGUCAGGCCACAUACAAAGGUUGUCUUCAAUAUCUACAUCACUUCAAAUCAAAGUAUCGCCAUUUGAAACUAUCAAUGUCAAUUGGUGGUUGGAGUUUCCGAGAUAAUUUCAAGAAUGGGAUUUCCACUGAUGAAAAGAUUAAUAAUUUUGCUAACACUGCCAUCAAAUUUCUAACAGAGUACGGGUUUGAUGGUAUUGAUCUAGAUUUUGAAUAUCCGGAAAAUGAACAUGACGCUACUCAAUACGUGAAGUUGGCUCAACGGUUGAGAUCAAUGUUGAAACAAAUCGAAAAUGAAAAACAUUUAUCCCCUGGCUCAUUACUAUUAACUUUGGCGAUUCCAGCAAUGCCAGAAUCGCUUAGAUUCUUCAAACUACAUCACUUGGAUCAAUACGUUUCAUUUUAUAAUGUCAUGACCUAUGAUUUUGCCGGUAGUUGGUCAAACAAGGUACAACUUCCUGCCAACACUACAAGGUAUUCUGGAGGAGAAUGGUCAGUUAAUGACACUGUCUCAUAUCUUUUGGAAAACAAUCCCUCAAUUUCGCCAAAGAAGUAUAUCCUAGGAGUUCCGGCGUACGGGAAGGUGUUCCGUAACGCCAAAGGAUUACAAUCGUCAUUCAGUAAUGUUGAAGACAUGGAUUUCAAGACAAUCUUGAAUACUUAUUUGCAAGACCCUCAAGCUUGUCAAAAUAAAAUGCAGCAAGAUUCAAUUGUUCUUGUUACCAAUUCUGGGAAAGAUGUGGUUUGUUUCGAUACUUUGCAGUCUGUUAGAAAUAAGGCCCGAAUCGUUGUCGAUAAUCGAUUAGGAGGAAUGAUGUGGUGGGAAGCUUGCGGCGAUGGUAUAGGUGAGCAUUCGUUGGUCAAAGCUUUUGUGUUCUCAUUAGCCAAUGGACCCGCAGAUCUUGAUGGCUCGAUAAAUAAUGUGGAUUAUCGAGAUAGUAAAUAUUUGAGCUUUAAAUAG